ACGGGUAUUGAAGUGAAAUUGAGGGUUGCGCUGGUGCUCCAGGCUUGGUUUGUCAGGUAGAGAAACUUCAUUAAAAUAUUACCAAACAGGGUCAUUCCACUUCAGUUUUCUUCUGAUGCCUCAUUGUGAUGUGAAGGACAUCUUGUGUUCUUGAAGUCUAUGUCAACAGAUUGCAUCUCUGACAGGUCCUACCAAGCUGGAAAAGCUUCAAGUACGGACCCAGAUGCUGGGAAUACAAAGAAAAUAACAAAUAGUCCCUGCCCUCAAGGAGCUUACAUUCUACUAGGGGAAUACAACAUGUACACAGAUAAGUAUAAUGCAAGUAUAUAGCUCCUGACAGCGAAGUUCCCUAGUGCUGACGUGAGAAAUGAGCCGCUUUUUGAAUGUGCUGCGCAGCUGGCUGGUUAUAGUAUCCAUUAUAGCUAUGGGGAACACAUUGCAGAGCUUCCGGGACCACACCUUCCUCUAUGAAAAGCUGUACACUGGAAAGCCAGACCUUGUGAAUGGCCUCCAAGCCCGGACCUUUGGUAUCUGGACUCUGCUGUCAUCAGUGAUUCGCUGCUUUUGUGCCAUUGAUAUCCACAACAAGACCCUCUACCACAUCACACUCUGGACCUUCUUCCUUGCUUUGGGUCACUUUCUCACUGAGGUGUUUAUAUUUGAGACAGCUGCUCCAACGGUUGGAGUCCUGGCCCCACUGAUGGUGGCAAGUUUCUCUGUCUUUGGGAUGCUGCUUGGGCUGCAGUAUCUGGAGGUUGAGCGAGUGUCCCGACACAAGAAGAGAAAAUGAAGCCCUGAAUACAUCUACUGUUUGCCAGCAUCACUUACCCAUGGCUGAGCCUUCUUCUACCAUGUUCUCUCCCCACUUAUCCUUGUGUCUUUCCUCUCCUUAGCCAUCAGCCCCCUUUCCCACCCUAUUCUCUUAGUGUUUUGAAUUGCAACCACAACUAGGUUUCCCUGACUUCUACCUUCAUUUUUGGUUUCAUCAGUUGAUUUUACUUGUGUGGAGAGAAGAUGAGAUCUGGAAAUCCUAAAGUUGUCAUCCUAUUAUAGAACAUCUCUAAUAGAACUUUGGUACUAGGAACUUGACUGAUUAGAAUGGGGUCUCCUCUCCCACUGGGACCAGGACUCUUCAAAAUUACUAAGAAAAUAGUCCUGUGAAUCAGCAAACCUAGAAAGCUAUGUGUUACUUCUGAAUUUGGAGAGAAAAGUUCUAUGUCUUAUGGUAGACUUUAUGAAAAUUGGUGUCUAUGUAGAUUGUUUUGUAAUAAAUGGUAAACAAACA